AUGACUUAUUAUGAGGCGGGUCUUGGAGCAUGCGGAUUAACGAAUAAUGGAACAACUGAUAAGGUCGUUGCUCUCCCGCAUGUUUUGAUGGGUCCUCUUUCAAACACCAACCCAUACUGCGGAAAGACCAUCACAAUCAAAUGUCCAUCAACUGGCAAGACCACUACUGCUACUGUUGUUGACAAGUGCAUGGGGUGCAACGACUACGCGAUCGAUCUCUCGAACGCGGCCUUCCUGGACCUCGAUGAGCUCGCAAUAGGUCGUACCAAUGCCACUUGGUGGUUCAACUAG